CCUCGAAGAGUUGAUUUUCCAAGUGCCUCUCCUGUGCCCUGCUUCCUGUAUAUCCUUGGUCAUAGUUUAAAAGUGAAAUACUGGCUGCAAUGGCAGGAGGUCCCUAUAGCUACAAGGAGGAGAUGGAAACAUCCAUGGCUGAAGCGCUGGUUCCUGGAAGCUGUGUGCAAAGCCAAAAGCACCUGGUGAUAGCAGAAAUGAUGGAGCGCGGAUCCCAGCCCCUGGGUGCCUCUCAGCAGCGACAAAAAUUGGAUUCAAAGGCUGCUGGCUCUGCUUCAGGCCAACCGGUUUGGAAUAAGACUGCGACCCGGGCCAAGAAAAUGGGGCCCCAGCUGUCAAUACCCAGAGUUUUGAAAGAACCGGGCCACGGUGAUGUCAAUCUCCAGGGGUAUCAUGGUGGUUUCCAAGGCAGGAGGUUCCAUUAUGAGCGCAACCCAGAGGCAGAUAUGGUGGCAGAGAUUGGCCUGGAAGAGCAAAAUGAACUAGAGAUGGAAGUUAUGAGAAGGCAGCUGCACGGGAUCACCUGCCGUCUGCGAGCCCUGGAGGAACAGAGCGCCACCUGGCGCCACAGGGAAACUAUGUUCUUCACCAUGUUGAUGUCGGCCUGUGUCGCCAACCUGUGGCUGUGGAUGCGCCAGUGAUGUCUCAUGCUGCUUGAGCCCUCUUUUCCUUCUUGUUCUUCCCUUUUCUCCCUGGCUCACCCUUGCCCAUCCUCCUUCCAUAUCCCCACAGCUCUUAGCAGCAUCAAGGCCAUUUUCCAACUCUGGUUACACCCCUUGCCUGGGGGAGGCCCUGGCUGCUGGGAGGUAGAGGUCUGAAUGGGCUGAGGUGCAGCAACUUCAGAGAGAGAGGAGGGUGGGUGGCAUCUAGUCCCCACAAUAACACCAGUGGCAGGUGCUUCCUACUUGUCCAUCACGGCUCCAUGGUGACCAUCUCAGAGCUGAACCUUUCCUCUGUGCCCUCAGCAUCCCUUCUGUUCCACCUUCUGUGGCAGGGGCUUGGCUGUCUGUCUUCCCAGUUUUCUCCAAGUUGUGUACAGGGCUCUGCAUAGAGAACAUGCUCAAUAAAAGUUCACUGAUAGCAGCAAA